CACGAGACAGUACUGCGCCGGCGCAAUGGCGGCGCGACGCGCGCUGACAGCUUCGCGCGCCAAAUUCAAAAACGCGGUCUAGUCAUUCCAAAUUUAAAAUUUCUUUUUAAUCUUCAAGACUGACGGAGCUAUGGAAACUUCUCUUCUGACUGACCAGUGACGUGACAGUGACUGUGUGACAAAAUGACAGUGACGUGACUUGACUUAUGGAUUGACUGACUUUAAAAUGACUAAUUGGACUUAAUUAAGCACAGACAAUGAGGAAGGUCUGGAGGGCCGCACGGAGGAGGCGCAGUUUCCGAGCGCGAGCGCACUGCGCCAGUCGCCGCUCAUGCAGCACUGUCCUCUGCGGGGGGCCCCCAAGUGCCCCCCGGCCUCUAAGAGGUACCGGACCCACGAUGGAACAUGCAAUAACCUGAACCGCCCUCGGUGGGGGUCGACCAUGACGCCCGUCCAGCGAUUCCUCUCCCCCUCCUACUCCGAUGGUCUCCAAGCCCCCAGGAUCUCGGUCUUCGGGUCCAAGCUCCCAUCUGCUCGGGAGAUCAGCGCCCUGGUCCACGCCAGCGAGAACGUGGAAAGUCCUAGUAUUACCCACCUUCUAAUGCAAUGGGGACAGUUCUUAGACCACGAUAUCACCUCGUCUUCACAGUCGAGAGGGUUCAAUGGAUCGGUUCCGAGGUGCUGCAAGGACGGUGGAAGGGACUUUGUGCCCAAGGAGUUGAUGCAUCCAGAAUGCUUCCCCAUAUCAGUGCCAGCGUCAGACCCGUUCUACGGUCCCCGCGGGGUGCGAUGUCUGGACUUCGUACGGUCAUCGCCGGCUCCUAGGGAUGACUGCGCCCUUGGUUGGCGAGAGCAGCUGAACCAAGUGUCAGCAUACAUCGAUGGAUCACCUCUCUACGCCAGCUCAGCUAGACAGUCAGACAAACUCAGGCUCUUCAGGAAUGGAAUGCUUCAAUACGGUCGAGUGCAGCAACGAAGACCGCUCUUACCACCAGAGAGGAAAGACGAGCUUUGCCGGGGAGGAGCCGUGUCCACCGACUGCUUCAAGUCCGGAGACGCCAGGGUCAACGAGCACCCGGGGCUGGUGGCUGCUCACAUCGUCUGGUUAAGGCAGCACAAUAGGAUGGCUCAAGAGCUAGCACACCUAAACCCCCACUGGAGCGACGAGAAAAUAUACCAAGAAACCCGUAAAAUCGUCGGCGCAAUGGUCCAACACAUCACGUAUAGAGAAUUCCUGCCAAUAGUACUAGGUACCGAAGUGAUGCGCCUGUUUGAGCUAGAGCCACUGAAGAAGGGGUACUUCAAGAACUACAACCCUAAGAUAAAUCCCAGUCCUGCCAGCUCCUUCGGAUCCUCUGCGUUCAGGUUCGGCCACAGCCUCGUGCAGGGCACUAUGGUGCGGUUCGACCGGUUCCAUAGACCUCUCAAUAAUAAUGUAUCCCUCCACAACGAGCUGACAAACCCAUCAAAUAUCUGGAGCAUGGGAGCGGUGGAUAGACUCCUCUUCGGCAUGGUAAAUCAGCCAAUCCAAAAACGCGACGAGUUCAUCACUGCGGAACUGACCAAUCACCUGUUCCAAACCCCACAAUUUGAUUUCGGUAUGGACUUAGCUGCUAUCAAUAUUCAAAGAGGAAGAGACCAUGGGGUACCCUCGUAUACUUCUUGGAGAGAGCCGUGUGGGCUGUCAGCGAUUACAGAAUUUGAAGAUCUUUUCAGGGUAAUGCCUGUAAGGGCUGCAAGAAGAAUAAAAACUUUAUACAGACACGUUGAUGAUAUUGAUCUCUUCACCGGGGGCAUGGCUGAAAGACCUGUAGUCGGUGGGCUAGUUGGACCUACUUUCGCUUGUAUAAUAGCUCAGCAGUUCUCUAACCUCCGCAAAGGCGAUCGAUUCUGGUAUGAAAAUGGUGGAUUUGAUUCUUCAUUUACACCAGCACAAUUACAACAGAUUCGCCGAAUUUCUUUCGCCCAAGUUCUUUGUCGUACACUAGAUACAAUCGAAAGCAUCCAGCCGUUUGUUUUUCUGUCACACGACAACCCCGACAAUGAAAGAAUUUCGUGCCAAAACGGACUACUCAAUAACUUUGACUUAUCACCCUGGGUGGAAAUACACUCUGACUCAAACAACGACAUAAGCAAAUCGGACGACUUUAAGACUAGUACUGAGAAACCUAAGAAAACUAAACCUACGACAACUGUAAGACCCACGACUAAAAAGCCUCAAAAGAUAGCAACUGCUGCGUCGAACAUAAUAAAUGAGAAGAAACCAAAACCAGCAAAUGUUAAUAAAACUCAAAACACAAAACCAAAGCCUACUAACACGACUGCAAAGGACAAAGACAAUUUGACUAACAAGAACAUGACUGCUGCUAUUAACAAACUAAACAUGACUACCAAAAUUGACGAUAAACUUGACUUUAAGAACAAAAGCCGACGCUACGAAAACAGUGACAAACAUGACACACGACGUAAUGACAAACCAGAAAAGACUUACGACUACGACUAUGACGAGGAAGACGACUCUGACGUACAACAUGUGCAAUCAGUAGUUGUUAACAACUUGCCACACAAAAGACCCUACCACAGGCCUGUUAUAACUGUAACUGAAAACGUUAACAAAUACACAUACCUCAUCAACUAUGUACCUAGAGCGACGGAAUCAUGGCGAAAAACUACUAGGAGACCACAAUAUGACGGAGACGUAGUUAAAGUGACUUACCAGACUUACGACGACACAUACCGACGACCAAAUAAACCGCACUACUACAAUAACCGCGACAAAAACACUAACAACAAUGACUAUGACUACUACAGAAAUAACAGACCAACACACACUACUAACAGGGAAAAUGUACAUUCUUCUGCUAGAUCUAACGACGACGAUAUCCUGACUACGACUAAAACUAAACAAACUAACGACAAACCUGACAAAAACGUUGACCAAAUAUCUACUUCGACUGACAAUUUAUACAAACUUGUGACUUUUGGGUAUGUAGGAACGUACAAAGGAGACAUGACCAAUGACAAAUUAACAAUUAAAGACAAGACAGAGACUAACAAGAAACCAGGCGUGAUUAGCAAAGACUUCUCGACUUACGAAACUAAAAGAUUUGACAAUGACGACGGACAUAAUAGCGACACAAAACUAUCGACAUUCUUCCUUUACGAGACAGCAACUAGGCCUUACGGCAACUUACAUAGACCGACUAGACGACACGACGACUCCCAAAACUCGCAUGGAAACACUGACAAAUACUACUAUAUCAGAAACGUGCUGCAUAAAUACAGUGACGCUGAAACUCCAGCAACUGACAAGACUGUAGAAGUGACUAAAGAUAUUUUGAGAGAGAAUUACAACAACCCUGGUUUGCCGAGUAAUGAUGACGUGGAAGAAAGAUCUUCACCGAAUAAGAUGGCUUUACUGGAUGAGAUCGAGUCAAAGGCAGCCAGCCCGGCAAAACAGAAGACCAAGACUAAAAAGCCUGCAGACAGUGCGAAAACCCCUUCGGUAGCUUUCCAAGUCAUACCUAGUGAAAAUAGUCCAUCCAACUGGGCCGUAUAUGAAGAGAACGCUGAUAUUCCUGAGGAGCUUCCAAACCGCAUGCCCUUCAUCAAAGUGGACCCCUAUUCGUUAAAGGAGAUCCCCAGACCCUUAGAUCUGAACCUGAUGAGACGGCGACGACCUGGAAAAUUUUGAUAGCAAAUUAAAAUUAGAUAAUAAUUGAUCAAAGGUGCAGAUAAAAUGAUAGUUAGAAAGUAUACGUAUUGGGCAAUUGGUAUUAGAAAAGAUAAAUUGUUACAUAAUUUGCCUGAUGGUCAUAAAACUUACAGAACCGACUGAACAUUAUAGAGACAAAAACUUUUUGAUAACUUUUAACAAAGACUAAUUGCAUUUAUAAUAGUACAACACAUUAAGUACCAAUGAUUGGACAUUUGGACGUAGAAAAAUGUAAUUAAAAAAAACAUAAUGACUUAAAAACAUUACGUGACCUUACAUAUGACGCAGGGACGUGACUUUUUUGACUGAAAUAUGACGACUUGAAACUGACUGUGACUGACUUAAAAUGACUUAACUUACUAAUGACUUUCAUUCGCAACUCUGACUAGUACUGC